AUGGUAAUUUAUUUGCUCUUGUUUUCUUCAAGACUCCUAAUAAGUGCUGCCGCCAUCGACUAUGACGAGAUUCGAAUUGAGGAUGAAUACGAGACCAGGUACGGUGGUACGGUAGCUACAGUAAUCGACGACUCUUUUUCAGAUCUCGAAUUCUGAUGGUCGACGGAAAUGUGUGGUUGCAUGCCGGAAAAGACAAAAACAUUACUUUCAAGACGACCGGAAACGGAAAGAUCUAUGUGGAGGACACGGACGUCUCCAGGUUGCCGGAUACGGUAAGAAAGGAAUAA